AGGAGGAACAUAUACAAUCGUUUCCACAAAUCGCGGUCUUUCAUCUUCAUUAAUUGCUGUUAUAAUAUUUGAUUGACAAUGGCGAACGGUCAUCACUUCGAGUCUGGCGCGCCGAUUGUCAAGUCGAAAGGAACACCGACUUCGGUGAUUUGUACAGUACUCGUCAUCGUGCUCAUAACCGUUGCCGCUCUCGUUGGCAUCGCGAUGCACAUCUACACCUUAGAGCUUUCCAGACAAGGAGGUAAAGGUAUGGUCAAUAAGACGGAAACGACGGAGUCAAUGACCACGACUACCUCUACGCCAAUGACUACCCCCGAACCUUGCUUGAUGCCACAGAAUGUUUCCGUUGAGGAAUUUGACCUGGUGGUCGGCGAGGUACUAAAUGUGACAUCACCAUGUUUCCCCUCCGAGGACGACCUCCCUCCAGGCACGACCAUGGUGUUCAACGCUCCAGAAGGAUACAGGGUCAAGAUCUCUUUCAGCGAGUUCAGAUUCGAUCCAUAUGGACUGAAUCGUAUUUGGUUAGGUAACGGUGAAGUUCCUAGGUCCUCAGAAGGGUUCAUAGGAUACUUCCAAGGCUACGAUCUCCCGCCCGACGUGGUGUCUGCCGAUAGCACUAUGUGGUUGAUGAUGUUUUCUCCUUAUGAUUACAUGAAUGCUGCAUUUGAAGCCGAGGUAUCUGCCGUCACCGAUCAAGACGCCCAGAUAAACUGCCCAGGUACAUCUCAACAAUGUCGGUAUGCUUUGAUGUGUUUCACUGAAGAAGAAGUGUGUAGUGGAGAGUCCGACUGCCCAAGCGGAACCGACGAAAUUGGAUGUGAUUGUUUGAAUGCCCGAGAUAUCAAAUGUCCAGAUGGACAAUGUAUCAAACGUGACCAAAUGUGUGACGAGUUUCCGUCUUGUGACAACGAUAAUGCCAACUGUACCUUUCGGUGUCCAGAAGGAUAUAACAUAUCCACGUUACUAUUUUGUGACAGUGUCAACGACUGUGGGGACCAUUCAGAUGAACAACAAAAUUGCGCUUGUGACCACGAGAAUCUUCACUUAUGUGGGAGUGGGGAGUGUAUCUACGAUUACAAUGUCUGUGAUGGCGUAUCGCAGUGUAGUAACGGCUCCGAUGAGGAAAAUUGCGUUUGUCAGAGCUGGCAGGUGAUUUGUCCGAACAAUAACACAUGUAUGCCCUGGUGGAUAAGAUGUGACGGUGUCGACGAUUGCGGUGAUAACAGUGAUGAACAGGAUUGUCCAGUGUGUCAUGAUAACGCAUUUGAUUGUGGCAAUCAUCAGUGUAUACCAGCUUCUUGGGAGUGCAAUGGAAUCUCUGACUGCUAUGACGGGCAAGACGAAGAUAAUUGCCCACCACCGGAACCAUGUGAGGAGGGCGAGUUCCAGUGCGAGGACGGAACGUGUCUGCGCCAGGCCCUGGUAUGUGACGACGUAGAACAAUGCGAGUACGGUGAAGACGAAAAUGCAACACUCUGCGGCAGAGAUGAGGAAGAUUCUGAUUGUUACGAGUGUGGAGACGGGUCUGAUUGUAUCCCUUGGGAUUGGAUAUGUGACGACUACGCUGAUUGCGCUAAUGCAGAAGACGAGGAGGACUGUGCAGAAGAAGAGUGUGAGGAGGGGUAUUCUCCGUGCCCCGGCCGAUCCUGUAUUGCAAAUAAAUACCUCUGUAACGGAAUAACUGAUUGUCCAGGAGGAGUAGACGAGGUCAACUGUACAGCCACACCUCCAGAUCUAUGUGUAUCCAUCAACGGCUCGGAAUACUUUGUGUGUGAUGGUAAAGAGGACUGCCCCGGAGGAACAGAUGAAUCACGACCUGAGUGCAAUUGCGGAACCAUUCCUUUGUCUCAGUCGAGAGUCAUCGGUGGUCAAGAUUCGAAAAGGGGAAACUGGCCAAUGCAAAUCUUAAUCAGCACUGAGAUUACGUCGGCCAGUCUCUAUUGCGCAGGCACUAUUCUCAACCGUCGUUGGGUAAUGACUGCUGCUCACUGUGUGGGGCCAAGUACGGUUGGAAAUUUCUACGUCGUCGCGGGUGUGACCGAUGUGAAUGGAGACAACUCUACCUGGCAGUUCAGGCUCAUCGCUGACGCCGUAUGCAAUCCCGAGUUCUCCUUCACUACCUUUGUCGGGGGUGACAACUGUCUCUUGCUCAUGGAUGAACCCUUUGAGUUCAAUGACUACGUGCAGCCGGCCUGCAUACCUGGCCCCAACUUUACCCUUGAUCAUUACGCCACCGCCGUGGGAUGGGGACAAACAGGGGGAGGAUACACAGCUCCUAAUCUUCAGGUGGUCCGCCUACCCGUUUGGCCAGACAAUAUUUGUGACAGAUAUAGUUACUUUGGCAGUGAUGAUGUUGAAAAAGUAAUCUGCAUCGGUUACGAGAAGGGAGGCCAUGGAUUAUGCUUUGGCGAUUCCGGUGGAUCUAUUCUCAUGGAGAGGGAUAAUCUCUGGUACGUCGUCGGGACUGUGUCGGGUGGGAGUGAAUGCGGUGCUCCGUUCACACCCAGCGAAUGCACAAAAACUUCCUACUAUUACCAAUUCAUCAAUGACACCAUAAACAAUGUCUAUCCUGACUAUUAAUGAAAAAAAUAUCUCAUAAAGACAGCGUUUUAUGAUGAUGGUUAAUGGUUGAUGAAUAGUAGUGAUUAUGGCAAAUCUGUCAAUUUUGACUUUUAUUGUCUUCUUCUUUUUUAUAACGACCAUAAAUUGUUUCCUUUUGGAUCUUUUUAAACAUUUAUCCACUCAUGAAAAAUAAUUUAUAUGUUUGGACAUUUGUUUUUAAUUUGAAAAGAAAUAGUAAGAUAAUACUAUUCUAUUGGAUUGACGAAGAAAUUUCUUAUCGACGGAGUAAUCAAGUUUUCUAUAUAGCCAAACGUAUGUUAUGUAAUCACAAACCCUCUCGCAAGUUCCGACAUGCAUCAAAUUCAAACCUUUUUUUGAGAGAGAGACUAAGUGUUUCGAAAGAAUAUAUUCAAGUACUUGUAGUCGUGGUAGUCGACAAAAAUAUAGAAAAAUUGAUAGUGUUCUUUUAUUUUUUGCUCAUGAACUUUUAAUUGAUUGUAUGCACUAUCAUUUUGUUUUCUCUAUGCAUAAACGGAUUUUAUAUCCUUAUAGAAUAUGAACUGAAAUAAAGACCCUCGUCAUCACACACAAAAUGUGGAAUAUCCUACUCACCAUAUACCUAUUAUCAUGUGUAAUGGUAACAUCAUACUGUAAAUCAUUCAGAAUACAAGUGAUAUAUGUUAUUUGUUUGUUGAUUUCCUUUUAGUAAUCGAUGCAAGUUUAAAAUUUGUUUCUUUAUAUAUACAUACUUGCCAAAUAUCAUAUUACAUUGGUCAGUGUUGGUGUAUCAAUAGUAAAAUGCUAAAUUUGUAUCAUUUGUUGUUUAUCCCUCAUUUGGUGAGGUCUAUAUUCUGAUUGUGUAUAAUAUGAGGAAGAAUAGAAAAUUUUAUGAAAUUUGUUGAAUGUCAUACCUUUACAUUUUACGUACAGACAGUAGUGAGUAACACAUUUAAUCCUGGUGACAUGUUGGGGGUAUUGGGAUUAGUUGCGAUGUAAUUUUCAUGAGGUGAAAGGGAAAAAAGUUUAAAAUUUCACAAUGUUGAUGCAUUUGUAUAUAUGUCACUGUGCUGUAUAGAUUUGAACGUCUUAGUAAUCCCCAAUAGGUGUAUGCAUGGUUGAAAUCAAUGGCAUAAACUGAUAUGAAUAGUCUGCAGACACAGACCCGUGGCUUUCGCAAUUCAUAUAAUGCGUAAUGCAGUCUGAAGUAGUGAGACUAGAUUCACUAUGUACUGUGAUGGCUGGCUCAUCUCUAUGGGCUGGCUCUACAGUACACAACCCGAGAGUUCGGCGUCUCAUAGUACUUAAAGUAUUCACUGUAGACACGGUGGUUAAAUUGUCAAGUAUGAGUCUGUGCUUGCAGACUAGCAUAUGAAAGUGGAUACAUGGGAGAGCUAUGGUUUAUCAGCAAAGGUAAGAUUAUUUGCUGAUAUGAAUUAAUUUAACCAAGACAUGGGUGCCGAUUGGUGUUCAUUAUUGAGGGGAUUCCUGAAGACAGGGGGGCCGGGGGGUAAAUUUUAAAAAGAUAAUGUCAUGUAUAAAAGCCAAAACAUGACCAUGGUAUAGCUAUGUCAUCCUGGAUUUUUUUUUCUCCAUCCAUCUGUUUCUAACAAUAUCCGAAAGGAAGGGUUUCAUUCAAUAUCAAAAAGAAACAUAACAAAAUACCGAUAGAAAAAAAAACGAUGGUCAUAAUGCGUAUAGGACAAUUAAUAUUAUCAUAAUGAUCAUCGUGUCCCUCUUAGUAUGAUCUUGAUCAGGGGCGGAUUAAGGAUUUUCCAAAAGGGGGGGAACAGUUUUCCUAGGAAAAAUUUUAACCAAAAAUUAAGGAUAUUUCGUCCCCGAAAAAAAUUGACGAGCAAGCAAAAAAAAAAAGGGUCUUCACUUUUAAAAGGGGGAGCACACUUCUUUUUUAACGGUAUUUUUACAUUACAAAUUUUUGUUUUGCUUCUCAAAAGGGGGGCACGGGCUGGCUUUGCCCCCCCCCCCCCCCCCCCCGCUGGAUCCGCCAGUAAUCAUGAUGAUAAAGAGACCAGGGGCUCGUGACACAAAGCUUAGCAAUCAUCAUAGAAUGAUAUUGUGGAGCGUUGUGGCCCAGUGGAUUAGUCUUCGGACUUUGAAACAGAGGGUCGUGGGUUCGAAUCCCAGCCAUGGCGUAAUUUCCUUCGGCAAGAAAUUUAUCCACAUUGUGCUGCACUCGACCCAGGUGAGGUGAAUGGGUACCCGGUAGGAUUUAUUCCUUGAAUGCUUUAGCGCCUAUAUGGCCGCUCAGCUACAGCCGGGGUAAUAAUAAUAUACCAAGUAUAUUUCAGCGCCUUGAGCACAUAAUCAAUGUGGAUUUGCCGCUUUAUAAAUACUCUAUAUUAUUAUAUUAUUAUUAUCAUUAUUAUUAUCUUUACGAUUGACUGCUUUGACUAUCAAUGUACAAUCAAUCGUGAAAAUAAAACUGUUAGACAAUUUAUCCUUAAAAUAAAAGAAGUUCCUGCGGCAGAGUCUCGAGAACACCUGUAAUUUUACCAGAUUGCGUAAUCUUACAUUAUAUCUUGUAAAAUUACAGGAAAUUGGUAUUUGGUGUAUGGAACCUUACAAAUUUCCUUAAAUAAAACACAAUUUCCCCCUUUUUAAACAGACCUGUUCUGUUAAAUUGUAGAAAAAUUCCUGUUUUAUGAAUUUACAGAAUGAUUCUUUUAUUGCUUUCUGCAAAAUCUUGUUUUUUCUGUAAAAUCAGAGGGUUUUUUUAACAGUGGUUCAGGAAUUACCUCUCUAACAGAAAACAAUUUGUUUUUCUUAAUGACCAUUCCUCCAACUUGUGUAAUAUUAGUUGUGGUGUGCCACAAGGAAGUAUUCUGGGACCCCUCUUGUUUAUUUUAUAUAUAAAUGAUUUUUGCAGAGCAUCUGACAUUUUAUCUUUCAUUAUUUUUGCUGAUGACACAAAUCUAUUCUUCUCUCACAAUGAUCCGCUUACACUUGUUAACAUAAUAAACUCUGAAUUAACUAAUAUUUUGAAUUGGAUCAGAGCUAACAAAUUAUCAAUUAACCUUCAAAAAACUAAAUACAUUUUAUUCAGUAAUACCAUAGAUUCCUUACCUUUUGAAAUUUUUAUUGAAGAUUUUCAACUGGAAAGUGUCUCCUCAAUUAAAUUUUUGGGAGUUCAUGUAGAUAACAAACUCUCCUGGAAAUGCCAUAUUGAUAAUAUUUGUAAAACAAUAUCCCGAAAUAUAGGCAUCAUAAAUAGGUUGAAAACGUUUAUUCCUGUAACUUCUCUACUUACAUUAUAUUCUUCUCUUAUAUUACCAUAUAUCAACUAUGGGAUCCUUGUUUGGGGCAAUACCCACCAAAACCUACUUCGUAUUAUUUCAUUCUCACAUCCCCAUUCUCACACUAAUCCACUUUUCCUUGAUUACAAAAUUUUAAAGGUUCAAGACUUAUACCAAUUUCAGCUUGGGCAGUUUAUGUUCAUGUAUAAAAACAGUAUGGUUCCUUUGGCAUUUAAUCAUUUUUUUCUCAAAAUAACAAUUUUCAUAGGUAUCCUACCAGACAAGCCGAUAACUUUCAUCUGCCUAUCUUAAGAACUCGUUUUGCGCAAAACACUUUUAUUUUCACCGCCCCCAAAUUUUGGAAUUCACUCCAUACAGAUGUUCAACAGGCCCCCUCUAUCCACUCCUUUAAGAGAAAACUAAAAAAAAUAUGUUACUGUCUUACCAAAGUAAUUAAUUAGUUCGUAUAUUUUUUAGUAUUAUCUAAGCACGCUAUUAUAAGUCACACUCUCUUUGAUCCACGUUUGCACUCUCGUUCUUGCCCCCCCCCCUUAUCUCUCUCUUUCCGACCCUUUCUCUCCACAUAAUCUGUGUCUGUGUGUGUUUGUGUGCCUCCCUCGCUCCCCCUCUCUCUCUCCCCCCCCCCCCACUUAUAUUUGCCCUCUCUCUCUCUCUCUCGCUCCCCUUUCAGUACUUUAUUCCUUCUCUCUGCCCUCUAUUCUUCAUCAUGUCUUUGUUUUCUUUUUAGUUUUUAGUAUCGUCCCAUAUCUCUGUCAUCUUUUUAUCAUUUCUCGCUAUUACUCACCAUCUUUUUAUUAUUUCCAAUAUUCUAUUUCAACCUAUUGUAUUUACACCUGCAAAUGAGUCCGAUUUCUCAAAUGUUUAAUAUACUUUCUUAGGGGAUCCACGCUCUACAAGCAAUGCUUUUUAGUGGAUCCCCUCAUUUCCAUAUCAGAUUGUAUUAAAACUAUUUUACAAAUAUUUUGGAACCUGCAAUUGAUUUGUAAUCAUUGUUAUCUUAUUUCUUUUGUAUUUGCUUAUGUUGAUAAUGGAAAUGGAAAAUAUACUUGAACUUGAACUUGAACAGUGAUGAAGCGUACGAUUGAUCGCUAACCAUUGUGAUUAUGGACAUCUUGAUCGUUGUCAUAAUUUAUGAUUCAUCAUAAAUAUUUUGAUGUUCGACCUUAAUUAUUAAAGCCUUCAAGGAUGAUGAUACAGGUCAUUCCCCCACCUUUAAUUGAAAAUUGGAUGGGUGGGUAUAUCCCCAUUCCCCGUGAUCGACACCCAUGGAUAAUAUGUAUCUGUCUAAAAAUGUUGGAUUAUGUGUAAAGUAACAGAUUUUAUAAAUGAACUGUUCAGAAUUAAUGUAGCGUAAUGAUCAACCUGUCUUUCAUCCAUGCAUUGUUGCUCCAUGGUUUUACAGUGUGUCAUAACCAAAAUUCUGAACUCAUGCAAUAUACUCUCAGUACGUUCUCACCAAAUUGUUUGAAAUAUAUAAUACACUGUGUGUGUUUUUUUUAUAUCAGAAUAAAGAGCAUUGGUAACUCAUA